AACUGGCCCUGCUCUCGAGAGGCUCUCUCAAACCAGCCCAGCCCCCAGCAGCCUACAAGUGGGGCUCAAUGUGUGGGAACAGGAGCAGCCAACUUUAACUGUGCGCUACCCGUGGAAUAACAGCGCAGGGCAAAAGGGCGAUCUCCCUCCUCCUCUCUAUCCACCUGAGCCACUUCCGCUCCGACUCGCUCACGGACACACGGACAAACAAGCCCGGAGGAUUUUAAUAUUGUCAACUCGCUGCUGGAAGUAUCUGCUCGGCUUUGUUACGGGAAGGGUUGAGGACAAGUGUUUCUCUUAGGAUUUCUCCCGCUGUCUGUUUUCUUAUUGGAAUUUUACCGAUAUAGGUGCCAGUCUAUGAUCCUGUGAGCGCGGAGGAGUCGAGCAGGAGCGUAAGGACCCGAGGGGAGCAGUGCCAUCCUGGAACAUGGUGCCUAAUCAUCGCCUGUCAGUGCCCCACCUCCCCAUGGGGGCGGCUCUGCUGCUGCUGCUGGCCUGCAUGGUGCCGUCCUCCCACGCAGACAGCGUGCCAAAUUUCAUCAAGUCCCCGGAGGACCAGACGGGCAUCUCGGGAGGGGUGGCCUCGUUUGUGUGCCAGGCGGGCGGGGAACCCAAGCCCCGGAUCACAUGGAUGAAGAAGGGGAAGAAAGUGAGCUCACAGCGCUUUGAGGUGAUCGAGUUUGACGAUGGGUCAGGGUCGGUUCUGCGCAUCCAGCCCCUGCGGACGCACAGGGACGAGGCCAUCUACGAGUGCACCGCCACCAACAGCAUGGGCGAGAUCAACACCAGCGCCAAGCUCACUGUCCUGGAAGAGACCCAGGUCCCCCACGGGUUCCCCACCAUCGACAUGGGCCCCCAGCUGAAGGUGGUGGAGAAGACGCGCACGGCCACCAUGCUGUGCGCCGCCAGCGGGAACCCGGACCCCGAGAUCUCCUGGUUCAAGGACUUCCUGCCCGUGGACAUCAGCACCAGCAACGGCCGCAUCAAGCAGCUGCGCUCCGGAGCCCUGCAGAUCGAGGAGAGUGAGGAGCCUGACCAGGGGAAGUACGAGUGCGUGGCCAUGAACAGCGCCGGAACCCGCUACUCCGCCCCCGCCAACCUCUACGUGCGAGUUCGCCGGGUGCCUCCUCGAUUCUCUAUCCCCCCCACCGACCACGAGGUGAUGCCGGGGGGCAGCGUCAACCUCACCUGCGUGGCGGUGGGCGCCCCCAUGCCCUACGUCAAGUGGAUGAAGGGCCUGGUGGAGCUGACCAAGGAGGACGAGAUGCCCAUCGGCCGCAACGUGCUGGAGCUGACCAACAUCCGCGAGUCCGCCAACUACACCUGCGUGGCCAUCUCCUCGCUGGGCAUGAUCGAGGCCACCGCGCAGAUCUCCGUCAAAGCCUUGCCGAAGCCCCCGGCCUCCCUGAUAGUGACCGAAACCACGGCCACCAGCGUCACCCUGACCUGGGACUCGGGGAACCCGGAGCCCGUGUCCUACUACGUGAUCCAGUACAAGUCCAAGGCGUCGGAGAACGGCUUCCAGGAGGUGGACGGCGUGGCCACCACCCGCUACAGCAUCGGCGGCCUGAGCCCCAACUCGGAGUACGAGUUCCGCGUGAUGGCGGUGAACAACAUCGGGCGGGGCCCGCCCAGCGACCCCGUGGAGGCCCGCACGGGCGAGCAGGCGCCCUCCUCGGCCCCGCUGCACGUGCAGGCCCGCAUGCUGAGCGGCAGCACCAUGCUGGUGCAGUGGGAGCCGCCGGAGGAGCCCAACGGCCAGAUCCGCGGCUACCGCGUCUACUACACCACCAGCCACCAGGCGGCGCUCAGCACCUGGCUCAAGCACAACACGGACGACAGCCGCCUCACCACCAUCUCCAGCCUGACGCCCGACACCACCUACAGCAUCCGCGUGCUGGGCUUCACCUCCGUGGGGGACGGGCCCCCGUCCGACGUGCUGCAGGUCAAGACCCAGCAGGGGGUCCCUGCCCAGCCGUCCAGCUUUGAGGCGGAGGCCGAGCUGGACACCCGCAUCAUGCUGACCUGGCUGUGGCCCGUCCAGGACCCCAUCACUAAGUACGAGCUCAUGUACUGGGAAGCCAGCUCCGACAACAAGAUCCACGUCACCUUCAACCCCGCCGGCUCCUACGCGGUGGAGGGCCUGAAGCCGGACACGCUGUACAGGUUCUCCCUGGCCGCGCGCUCCGAAAUGGGGCUCGGGGUGUACACUCAGCCCAUCGAGGCCCGGACCGCACAGUCCACCCCCUCGGCCCCCCCCCAGGACGUGCACCUGCUCAGCCUGAGCUCCACCAGCCUGAAGGUGAGUUGGGUGGCCCCGCCCGCGGACAGCCGGCACGGGGCCAUCGUGCAGUACACGGUGGCCUACCAGGCGGCGGGCGGGGAGGACACGCAGCGGCACGAGGUGACGGGCAUCGGCGCCGACGCCUCCGUCCACGUGCUGGAGGGCCUGGAGAAGUGGACCGAGUACGUGGUGACGGUGAGGGCCCACACCGACGUGGGGCCCGGCCCCGAGAGCCCCGCCGUCCGCCUGCGCACCAACGAGGACGUGCCGGGAGCGCCCCCUAGGAAGGUGGAGGCAGAGGCGGUCAACUCCACCGCCAUCCGCGUGACCUGGAAGCCGCCCCUCGCCGUGAAGCAGCACGGCCAGAUCCGGGGCUACCAGGUCAUCUUCUCCCGGCUGGAGAACGGGGAGCCCAUCGGACAGCCCAACAUCCUGGACGUGGCUCUGCCGGAGGCCCAGUGGAAAAUUGAGGAGUCGACUGACUAUGAGGCCGUCAUCACGGGCCUGGUCUCGGAGACCACGUACUCCGUCACCGUGGCAGCCUACACCACCAAGGGCGACGGCGCCCGCAGCAAAGCCAAAGUCAUCACCACCACCGGCGCAGUCCCUGGUAAGCCCACCAUGAUGAUCAGCACCACCAUAAAGAACACGGCGCUGAUCCAGUGGCAGCCCCCCAUGGAGAUGGUGGGGGAGCUGGUGGGCUUCCAGCUGCAGUACAAGCGGGACGGCGAGGACGCCUUCACCGUGCGCGAGCUGAAGAAGACGGACGCCCACUUCACCCUGACGGGCCUGCACAAGGGCGCCACCUACGUCUUCAAGCUGUGCGCCAAGAACCGGGCGGGCAACGGCGAGGAGUACGUGAAGGAGAUCGUCACGCCGGACGACGUGCCGUCGGGCUUCCCGCAGAACCUGCGGGUGGUGGGCCUCACCACCUCCACCACGCGGCUGGCCUGGGAUCCCCCGCUGCUGGCCGAGAGGAACGGCCGCAUCCUGAGCUACGCCGUGGUGUACCGCGACAUCAACAGCCAGCAGAACAGCACCAACACCACGGCCGACACCACCAUGACCGUCCACGGCCUGCGGCCCGACACCACCUACGACAUCCGCGUGCGCGCCUACACCAGCAAGGGACCGGGGCCCAUCAGCCCCAGCAUCCAGAGCAGGACCAUGUCCAUCUCUCCUGCGUUCGCCACGAGCUUCGGCGUGAAGGCCGUGAUGAAGACCUCCGUCCUGCUCACCUGGGAGGUGCCCGAGAACUACAAGUCCCAAGUGCCUUUCAAGAUCCUGUACAACCAGCAGAGCGUGGAGGUCCCGGGCAACCUGAAGCGCAAGCUCAUCACCAAGCUGCAGCCCGACACCGAGUACUCCUUCGUGCUGCUGAGCCGCGGGAACACGGCGGGCGGCCUGCAGCAGCAGGUCUCCAUCCGCACCGCCCCCGACGUGCUCAAGACCAAGCCCGUGCUCCUGAGCCGCGGCCAGGCCGACGAGGGCCGGCUCACCGUCAACCUGCCGAAAGUGCAGACCAGCGCCCCGGUCAGGUGGUACUACAUCGUGGUGGUGCCAAUCCGCCAAGGCCUGGCUAACCGGUGGGAGAACCCCGACGAGAUGGAGCUGGAUGAGCUCCUGGAGGCCAGCGGCCACCCUGACCUGCGGCGGCGGCGGAGGCGGCAGGCCGAGUCCCAGAAGCCCUACAUCGCCGCGCGGCUGGCCUCCCUGCCCGACACCUUCACCCUGGGCGACGAGCAGAAGUACAACGGCUUCUACAACAAGCCCCUGCCCAGCCAGCAGCAGUACCUGUGCUUCGUGCUGGCCGCUUUGGACCAGGACCAGGACUCGGCCACCGGGGGAGAGAAGCAGAAGACGUUUUCGGCCAGCCCGUACUCGGACCCCAUCAAGGUGGAGAUGACGGGCGGCAUGUCCAAGUCCAUCGAGGAGCCCGAGAUGCUGUGGGUGAUGGGGCCCGUGCUGGCCGUCAUCCUCAUCAUCAUCAUCGUCAUCGCCAUCCUGCUCUUCAAGAGGAAACGGGCCUCCCCCUCACCGAAGGACGAGCACUCGGGAGGCGUGAAGGACUCCCUGCUGUCCAACUCCUCCGACCCCGUGGAGAUGAGGAGACUCAACUACCAGACCCCAGGCAUGAGGGAGCACCCGCCCAUCCCCGUCUGCGACCUGGCCGACCACAUCGAGCGCCUCAAAGCCAACGACGGCCUCCGCUUCUCCCAGGAGUACGAGUCCAUCGAUCCUGGCCAGCAGUUCACCUGGGAGAACUCCAACCUGGAGGUCAACAAGCCAAAGAACCGCUAUGCAAAUGUCAUCGCGUACGACCACUCCCGGGUCAUCCUCACUUCUGUCGAUGCCGUGCCAGGCAGCGACUACAUCAACGCCAACUACAUCGACGGCUACCGCAAGCAGAACGCCUACAUCGCCACCCAGGGCCCGCUGCCCGAGACCUUCAGCGACUUCUGGAGGAUGGUGUGGGAGCAGAGGGCCAACACCGUGGUGAUGAUGACCCGUCUGGAGGAGAAGUCCCGGGUGAAGUGUGACCAGUACUGGCCCGUUCGGGGGACCGAGACCUACGGCAUGAUUCAGGUCACCAUGCUGGACACAGUGGAGCUGGCCACCUACAGCGUCCGCACCUUCGCCCUCUACAAGAACGGCUCCAGCGAGAAGCGGGAGGUCAGGCAGUUCCAGUUCAUGGCCUGGCCCGACCACGGGGUGCCCGAGUACCCCACCCCGAUCCUGGCCUUCCUGCGCAGAGUCAAGGCCUGCAACCCCCCUGAUGCCGGGCCCAUGGUGGUGCACUGCAGUGCGGGUGUGGGCCGGACGGGCUGCCUCAUCGUGAUCGAGGCCAUGCUGGAACGCAUGAAGCACGAGAAGUCGGUGGACAUCUACGGCCACGUGACGUGCAUGCGCGCCCAGCGCAACUACAUGGUGCAGACGGAGGACCAGUACAUCUUCAUCCACGAGGCCCUGCUGGAGGCAGCCACCUGCGGGAACACCGAGGUGCCCGCCCGCAACCUGUACGCCCACAUCCAGAAGCUCACCCAGGUCCCCCCGGGCGAGACCGUCACCUCCAUGGAGCUGGAGUUCAAGAGACUGGCCAACUCCAAAGCACAUACCUCAAGAUUCAUCAGUGCCAACCUUCCCUGCAACAAGUUCAAGAACCGGCUGGUGAACAUCAUGCCCUUCGAGUCCACGCGCGUGUGUCUGCAGCCCAUCCGGGGCGUGGAGGGCUCUGACUACAUCAACGCCAGCUGCAUCGAUGGAUACAGGCAGCAGAAGGCCUACCUGGCCACGCAGGGCCCGCUGGCCGAGACCACAGAGGACUUCUGGAGGAUGCUGUGGGAACACAACUCCACCAUUGUGGUGAUGCUGACCAAGCUGAGGGAGAUGGGCCGGGAAAAGUGCCACCAGUACUGGCCGGCGGAGCGUUCGGCCCGGUACCAGUACUUCGUGGUGGACCCCAUGGCCGAGUACAACAUGCCCCAGUACAUCCUGCGAGAGUUCAAGGUCACGGACGCCAGGGACGGCCAAUCCAGGACCAUUCGUCAGUUCCAGUUCACUGACUGGCCCGAGCAGGGCGUGCCGAAAACCGGCGAGGGAUUCAUCGACUUCAUUGGCCAAGUGCACAAAACCAAGGAGCAGUUUGGACAGGACGGACCAAUCACUGUGCAUUGCAGUGCGGGCGUGGGCAGGACGGGGGUCUUCAUCACCCUCAGCAUCGUGCUGGAGAGGAUGAGGUACGAGGGCGUGGUAGAUCUCUUCCAGACCGUCAAGACACUGCGCACCCAGCGGCCCGCCAUGGUGCAGACAGAGGACCAGUAUCAGCUGUGCUACAGGGCAGCUCUGGAGUACCUGGGAAGCUUCGAUCACUAUGCAACGUAACCGCUCCUGGACACGCCCGCCAAAACCCGCCAGGGGUGCCAAGUGUUCCUUCUGAGCCACGCCCGCCCAUCUGAUUCUGUACAGAGAGCCACCGGAGAGGGGGAUGGGAAGGCUGGCCAGCCUUCAGCCUGCAGUCCACCUGGACUGGUGUCUCCUGAUCGCUUUAAAACCCCCCACGGAAAGCACCUGCUUCCAGCCUCAUCCAUCUUUCCUCUCUCUACACUGCAUACAGCACUCCUGCUGGGCUGCUGUAUGCUUCCGGUAGCACUAAAAUAUUAUCAGCUUUUUUUUACCCUUAUCAUUAUUAUUAUUAUAUUAUUAUUAUUUUAUUACCAUCAUUAAAAUAUUAUUGUUAUUAUUAUUAUUUAGAUUUUUUUUAUAAUCAUUUAACUUUUUUUUUUAGUCUUAACAGCCUGGCAAAUGGGUCUGUAAAUUUUCUAUAACUGUAUUAUUUUUGUUCAUUUUUAUUGUAUGUUUUUGUAUGUUGUUGUAUUCUUGUUUUUAGCACAAGGGGCAUGUGUUUUUAACAUGGCUCUAGGUACUAAUACUUGAGAACCUGGGUUCUCCAAGCUGCUGUCGGUUUAUUUUUCACCAUGAUUUUGUUUCCUGUGGUUUUUAUUUCACUUGUCUAAUCAGACCUGUCCAUCGGAAUGGGGAAUAACUGUUCUAGGCCUUUCUCACUUCCUCUUUCUUCACAAAAGGAAAUGAAUCUUAGACAAAACAUGAAAAUAUAUGUCCAAGUUAGAGGUACUAUAUAAAACCAUUAGGUACAGAAAAGCGAAUGAACUAAAGAAAUGAAAUCAGCCAUGUACAGAUUCUAGCUUUGUUCUCGAUAGCUGUUAACUAUGAUUUCAGAAGAAAACUGUGUUGCCCAAAGACACUGAUACACGUUGGGAAUUCUCUGGCAGAAGGAUCAGUUCCCUCUUUUCCCCCCCUGCCACAGCCAAUGACAGCCAUUGUUCCUGAGACAACCAACCCCUGAUAGCCUGCCUCCCCUCCCCCUCAGAAACCACCCCCCCCCCUGUUCUUCCCGUUUUGUUGCCGAGAGAAACCAUCCACCUGACAUCUGUACAGUAACAAACAUCUUCCAGGGAGUAAGAGAAUUCUUUUUUUCCCCCCUCGGACUGGCCUGCUAUUAUUUUUAUAAAUAUAUAAAUAUAUAAAUAUAUAUACAUAUAUACACUUGUUGCUACUCUGCGACAGCGUCAACUAUUGUUAAAUAAUCCACAAAAUAAUCCUGGAUUUUCUUGACAAACCAACCAUGGGGAUAAGAACAAGAAAAGACUUGUCAUCGAAUAUGUAUUAAUGGUACAAUGUUAUAACUACUGUAUUAUCCUUCAACGAGGCGGGGCAGCACAAACCCAACCACGGAGGAUUUCUACGUUUGAAUCGAAGCGCGUCUUCUCGGUGGCCAAAAAAAAAAAAAAAACAACCAGAAAGAGAAGACGGAGAGGGCGAGGGAGGAGGGUUCGGUCCGAGGGGCUGAGACGCCAGCGCAGCGGUCAUUUUUACCUUGUGUAUGCAUAGUGCUGUUGGGGUUCAAUCUGUUGUAUACACAGUCUGUUUUCUAUUUGUUAAUAAAAAAAAAGAUAAAAAAAAGAUGUCAGAAAACCUCCUUGAUGUUAAUAAAGUUGAAUAAUUGGGUUUUGUA